UCCCUCCCCCCCCCUCUUAGGUGACCUGUCUCGCUGCUUUCCCCGCGCUUGCUUCCUGACUGCGUCCGGCCUUGCUGUUAACCUGGGCGGCUGAGGGCCCUGGGAGUGGGGGCCCGGGGAUGGUUUGCGGGAAGGAGUACGUGCACUUCUGUGAUUAAACAGCACUGAGAGGCGGGCACCAUGACUCCCACGAGGACGCAGCACUCGUUGGCAGGGCAGACCUACGCCGUGCCCCUCAUCCAGCCGGACCUGCGGCGGGAGGAGGCCAUCCAGCAGGUGGCUGAUGCCCUGCAGUACCUUCAGAAGGUCUCUGGAGACAUCUUCAGCAGUUCUGCUGUCCCUUCUACUCUCCAUGUGGACUUCAGGCCAAGCUGUCACAUAACCACUGAGGUGGCUUCCGCACCCCGGGCACCACCUCUCCCAGGCUGGCCUGGGAGCUGGAGGAGAAUCUCUCAGCGAGUAGAGCUCAGCCGGAGGCAGCUGCAGGCCAUUGGGGAGAGGGUCUCCUUGGCCCAGGCCAAGAUUGAGAAGAUCAAGGGCAGCAAGAAGGCAAUCAAGGUGUUCUCCAGUGCCAAGUACCCAGCUCCAGAGCGCCUGCAGGAGUACGGGUCCAUCUUCACAGGUGCCCAGGACCCUGGCCUGCAGAGACGCCCCCGCCACAGGAUCCAGAGCAAGCACCGCCCCCUGGACGAGUGGGCCCUGCAGGAGAAGCUGAAAUACUUCCCUGUGUGUGUGAACACCAAGCCUGAGCCUGAGGAUGAGGCCGAGGAGGGGCUCGGGGGCCUUCCCAGUAACAUCAGCUCCGUCAGCUCCUUGCUGCUAUUCAACACUACUGAGAACCUGUACAAAAAGUAUGUCUUUCUGGACCCCCUGGCUGGUGCUGUAACAAAGACCAAUGUGAUGUUGGGGGCAGAGACCGAGGAGAAGCUGUUCGAUGCCCCUUUGUCCAUCAGCAAGAGGGAGCAGCUGGAGCAGCAGGUUCCAGAGAACUACUUCUAUGUGCCUGACCUGGGCCAAGUGCCUGAGAUCGACGUGCCGUCCUACCUGCCCGACCUGCCAGGCAUCGCCGAUGACCUCAUGUACAGCGCUGACCUGGGCCCCGGCAUCGCCCCCUCCGCCCCUGGCACCAUGCCAGAGCUGCCCACCUUCCACACAGAGGUGGCCGAGACUUUCAAGCCGGACCCAGAAGAUGGGGUGCUAAUAGCACCCCCCCCACCGCCACCGCCACCCCCGCCUCCCCCAGCUCCGGCUGUGCUGGUCAGCGCUCCCCCACCCCCACCCCAGCCCAUGGCCUCCCCGGUCCAAGGUGCCAGGGAGGAGGACAGCAGUGGUGGCGUGUCUCCUUCAGCUACAGUCCAGGGAGCUCCCAAGGAAGUGGUGGACCCCUCCAGUGGCCGGGCCACUCUGCUGGAGUCCAUCCGCCAGGCUGGGGGCAUCGGCAAGGCCAAGCUCCGCAGUGUCAAGGAGCGCAAGCUGGAGAAGAAGAAACAGAAGGAGCAGGAGCAAGUGAGAGCCACAAGCCAAGGUGGGGACCUGAUGUCGGAUCUCUUUAACAAGCUGGUCAUGCGGCGUAAAGCAGCCACCUGGAGAAGAGGAUGAGGACGACUGGGAAUCCUAGAGGCUCACUCCCUCCCCACCGAGACCCAGAUUUAGGUCUCACCCUCACAUGGACACAACCAGGAUGAGAUGCCUGGCCUGUGGGUCUCUCGACCCCUGCUGCCCAUGGAGGAACGGGGACCAUGGAGGACUGUCCCAGACCUGCACCUGGACCUUCUUCAAGGAGUGAGGUAGCCAGCUUCUGAGGCCAAGUGGCUGGGAGCGGGGAGCCCUUGUGCUCUCCUCCAGCCACAGACUGAAGUGAGUACGUGCAUCAAUAAAGCAGUGUCACGCGGGAACCGAGCAUAAA